AUGUACCUGGCUCCUCGAGUACAAAACGAACUCCUGUCGACUGUUGCUGGCCUCAUAAAGGACGACAUCACUGACGAAAUUCUCAAGACCAAAUAUUUCUCGAUUAUAGCCGAUGAGGAGAUGAUUCCGAGCAGUCACAAGUCAAAGAAGUAUUAA